GCCAUCUAUUGGCGGGCGGCGCGGCAGUCUGUGGUGAGCCUGCAAGAUGGACGCGUCACGGCCCUCCCCUGCCUGAUGAAGAGACCUUUCACCCGGACAUUUUGGGGCCCGACGUGACGGAGAGGCGGGUCGCGGUGAUGCCGGGAUGUGAGACACUAACGAAGGGUGCCACCAUGCUAUCCCAGUGCUGCUGAGGGAGGGAGAGCAGGAGAGAGUGCGAGAGAGGCGGAAGAGAUGGGCGGGCAGCAGGGCAAGGAGCGACACCUCACCUCGGGCACCAUCACUCGCUCCUCCAAGGCCAAGUAUCGCUCAGGCCGCGACAUCAGAACCGCCGGGGCCAACAUAUUCACAGAGCACAAUGAGGCCCUACUGGCGGCGCGCCCCCUGCCGGACCUACCUGACGUGGUUAGCGGCGGAGGCAGUGGGUUAGAUCCUAUGGGCGGCCCUGGACCCCCGGAAUUGGCACAACAUAUUGGCGCCACCUUCACCACCCUUCAGCCCGCAGCCGCCGCCACGCCAGUCUCCACGCAGCAAGAGUCCGCCACAGCAGCCACAGCCGCCGCCGCCGCUGCUACCAAAUGGCACUCAAGGGAGAAUCUUUUGGCGCCGGAAGAGGAGGGCGACCCGCAGCUCUUUGUGGCACUGUACGAGUUCAGAGCUCAAGGAGAGAACCAGCUGUCCCUACGCAAAGGCGAACAAGUGCGAGUGCUGAGCUACAACAAGUCUGGGGAGUGGUGCGAGGCUCAUGCAGGGUCGGGAGAGGUUGGCUGGGUGCCCUCCAACUACAUCACCCCUGUCAACUCCCUGGAAAAGCACUCCUGGUACCAUGGCCCCAUAUCGCGGAACACAGCUGAGUACCUCCUCUCCUCGGGCAUCAAUGGGUCCUUCUUGGUGAGAGAGUCAGAGAGUUCGCCUGGCCAGCGUUCCAUCUCCCUGCGCUACAAUGGAAGGGUCUACCACUACCGUAUCAAUGAGGAUGAUGGAUCGAAGCUGUACGUGUCGUCUGAGUUCCGUUUCAACACUUUGGCCGAGCUGGUGCACCAUCACUCACAGCACGCCGAUGGUCUUAUCACACAGCUCCUCUACCCAGCGCCCAAGAGGAACAAGCCCACUGUAUUUGGCCUGACCCCUGACGUCGUGCCCUCCUCUCGCCCCACAGAGCCGGAUGAGUGGGAGAUAGAGCGCACAGAUAUUGCCAUGAAGCACAAGCUGGGAGGUGGACAGUAUGGCGAUGUGUACGAGGCUGUGUGGAAGAGGUACAACAUCUGUGUGGCCGUCAAGACUCUUAAGGAGGACACCAUGGCCCUAAAGGACUUCCUGGAGGAGGCGGCCAUCAUGAAGGCCAUGAAGCACCCCAACCUGGUGCAGCUGCUGGGCGUGUGCACCAGGGAGCCGCCCUUUUACAUAGUGACGGAGUUCAUGACGCGUGGCAACCUGCUGGACUACCUGCGGGUGUGUAGCCACGAGGAGGUGAACGAGGUGGUGCUGCUCUACAUGGCCACACAGGUCGCCUCAGCCAUGGAGUACCUGGAGGAGAGGAAUUUCAUACACAGGGACCUGGCAGCAAGGAACUGCCUGGUGGGGGAGAACCAUUUAGUGAAGGUGGCGGACUUUGGGCUGGCAAGGCUCAUGAGGGAUGACACCUACACUGCCCACGCCGGCGCCAAGUUCCCCAUCAAGUGGACAGCGCCGGAGGGUCUGGCCUAUAAUAAAUUCUCUACUAAGUCUGAUGUGUGGGCGUUUGGCAUCCUUCUAUGGGAGUUUGCCACCUAUGGAGUCUCACCGUACCCUGGAGUUGAUCUGACCAAUGUGUACCACCUGCUGGAGUCUGGCUAUCGAAUGGACUGUCCUCAGGGAUGUCCGGUAGUGUAUGAACUGAUGAAACAAUGCUGGCUGUGGAAUCCUGGUGACCGCCCAACCUUCUCACACAUCCACCAUGCUCUGGAGACAAUGUUCCAGGAGACUUCAAUCACUGAGGAGGUGGAGCAGCAGCUGGCGGCGGGAGGUGGCAGGAAGGUGAGGGGCACUCCGUCAGGGGCUCACCAGGCUUGGGGUGGAGAGGACCAGCUCCCCACCAGCCCCAGGACCUCCUCCUCCAGACAACGGACCAAGAACAAACACAACACAGUGGAGGAGGGCAGCAGUCCCAGCCUGUCCCGGGAUGUGCGUUCUGGCCCUGGCAUUCUGUCAGCACGCUCCACCGUCGUCCAACUGCGCCGAGCCACUAACAAGAAGGGCAAGCAGGCACCAGCACCGCCCAAGAGGACCAGUUCAUUCAGGGACAGCACCUGCACUGACCAAGAGCUUCCUGGAGGAGGUGCUGCUGAUGACCUUAAUGAAUUCAAUGGUAUAGACAAAAUCUUUGAAGGCAUCCAGAGGGACCUGGCUGACCUGGCCAGCAGCAACGACGCAGAGAGUGAGAGUGAGCUGAGAGAACGGACGCCCGACACAGAGGAUUCGGGGGCCCAGUCCUUGCCAGCCACUCAGGGCUUGCCAGCCACUCACUCCACCUUCAGAGUAGAGCCGCCCCACCUCCAGUCUUUCAGACAAAAGCCAUCAAUGGGCAUGCGGGACCCUAAGGGUGAGCGUGUGCGCCGCAGCCGCUUGGAGAAAUGUGAGAGCCAGAGUGGUGGGCUGGGCGGCAGUGGCAGACACCUGACAGUGGCUGCCCUGGAGGUGCACAAUGUGAAGCGCGCCAUCAACCGCUACGGCACACUGCCCAAGGGUGCCAGGAUAGGGGCCUACUUGGAGUCCCUGCGGCAGAGUGGCCUGUCCCAGGGAGUGCCACCCCCUGCCGAGGACCCCACCCCUCAAGACCAAAGCCAGGGAGGAGAUGGAGAGGAGGCCGGGGAGGGAGAGGGGGAUGAGAAGGGUGGUGUAUCCAUGAUCAGAAGCAACUCCACCCAGGGAGGCUUCCCACCCCAGUCUCCCAUCAUCACCCGCCUCAGCCCACGGCCUCAGAUGGCCCGUGGGGACCGCCGCACCAAGGAGCCCAGCCUGGCGGAUCUAGAGUUCCCGCCACCACCACCCGACCUGCCACCGCCACCCGAGGACUUCAUGGAAGAGUCAACAGUAGCAUCUCUGACUCCUGGCGGGGUGGAGCUGCCUCCUCCCCCAGGCUGCUCCCCAGAGGCCCGGCGACGACCAAUGCCCCGACCCGCCCCCUCACCCCGCACCCGGCGGCGGGCAGACAUGCCUGCUGCCAGCCCACAGCGUGCUGCUGUGCCUGUGGAGGAUGAGGGAGUGGAGUCCCCACGGGUGGAGCGACCCACACUCAGUGUGACGCGGUGGCGGCUGAGAGACGCAGAACCUGACCGGCCGCCCCUAAAGGCCAAGCCCAGCCUAGAGGCAGCGGUGGAUGGGGAGGCCACGGCCCCCACUGAUGCCAGUCCUGCUGCAAGGUUUGGGGUGAGCCUGAGGCACAGGGACCAAUCUUCUGACUCUUGUGACAGUGUGCGCUCCACAGAGAACUUAUCGCCCCGCCCUACCCCAUCAGGCCCGAAGGGGCGUCCCCGACCUGGUCCGCCACCUGCCAAGAGUCCUGGAUCAUCCUCGGCAGAUACAGAGGGCCAGCAGACGCCUUCCUCCCCGGCAGGUGAGGAAGGCACUCCUGGCGGGGGCAGCCCUCCAUCGGUGGAUGCAGCUUCCCUGGUGUCCCGGGAUGGGAGCGUGGAGGAAGAGGAGCCUCGGCCCCAACCCCCCGGCCCACUAGCCAAGGAGGGGCUGGAGCUCAAACUUGUGGCCGAGCUGAAGGAGGAGAGCCCCGCCCCAGUCAGCGAGGCACCCUCUGCUCCCAGCCAGAAGGACCCAGCCGUCCAGCUGGUCUCCGAGCUGUUUGAAAGUCUGCGGCAGAAGGGCAGCAGGAUAGCAGAGCCGGUGGUGCCACCACCGCUGCACCUGGACAACGGCGGGCCUGGCCCCGACGAGCCUGCCAACCAGCCAGAAGAUGCUGACCGGCCCGCCUUCAAGGCCAACCUGAAGAAGGUGAAGAGCCCCUUCGAGAAGAGUCCUGGUGAGCGAGAGCAGCGCAAGAUUUACUUCAAGCCAACCCUGCGCCGCACUGAGGUGACGGCCGCCACUGCCGCUAAGGAGGAUGGCGGUGCCCCCGAGGCCCCCGACCCCCACAGUGCCCUCAUGGACAUGCGGGCAGGCCUGAGGAAGACCAACCUUGUGAGGGAGACUGAGCCUUCCACCCAGGAGGAGAGUGCUGCAGCAGCAGCAGCGGCAGCUACCACUCAGAAGGAGCAGCAGCAGCAGCAGAAUGGCAUGGUGGUGGACACACGGACGGAGGACACGGGGGGCGAUGGGGAGAGUGGGAGGGAGGGGCGUGGUGACCCCAUGAGUGAGAGUGUGUCUAGUGUGUGUGGUGGUGGUAGUGGUGGUGGGGAGGGGCUGAAAGCAGUGCUGGGAGGGGACGGCUUGCGGGCAGGGCCGGCCGGGGAGGAGGAGGAGGCCAAGAGGUUUAGUUCCAGCAGCAUCAGCAGCCUCAAGAAGUUGUGGGAGAAGCAGGAGACGGCCGGUGACAAGCCGCCUCCCCGGCCCGACCCCAAUCAGACCAGUCCCAAGUAUGCCCCGGGCAUCUACAAGCGGCCAGACAUCUGCCGCGUCCCCAAGGACCCCAACCUGGAGGCCCCAGUGCCCGGCAAGACUCCAGAGGACGACGCCAAGGUGGGGCGGCUGGAGAAAAGGCCGUGGCCGCCGCUAGGGGGUGGAGGGGGUGAGUCGGAGCCCCGGCCAGCCGAUGGAAAGCCCUGUGUGCCUGUCAAGCCUGUCGGCAAGACCUUCAAGUUGCCGCCGCCACCCACCGGGGUGAAGCCACCACCCCCCAAGCCAGCAGGGAUCUACGCCACGCCAUCCAUCAUCCGGCCACCACCCGUGCCCGUCCUCUCCCUCAAGAAGGAGGGUGUGGAGGCCCGGCCACCCACCAAGGAGCCUUCCAGCCCAACCACCACCUCAGCUGCCUCCACCACCACCACCAACACCACUUCCACCGCUGCCACCACCGUCACAACCACCACAGCUGCUACUGCCAACACCACAAACUCUAACACCACCUCUGCUACAACCACCACCACCACCACCAACACCAACACCACUGCCACCUCUCCUCCGCCGACUGGUACCCCGUCGUCCUCGCCUCCCACAGAGAAGGCAGCGCUGCAGGAGCAGGGCCAGGCGGCGGAGGCAGCAGUGUGUGGCCUGCGGUGUCAGGGGUCACCAGCCACUGUGGCUGCCUGCAUCCAGGUGGCCCAGCGUGUGUCUGCCUUCCACCGGGCGUGCACUGGCAGCGUGGAUGCCCUGCCGCCCCAGAGUCGCUUCCAUGUGCGGGAGUUGCUGGGCCGCCUGGAGCUGCAGGCACGGCAGCUGCGCAGCGCCGGCGGGCGGGCCAUAGAGCACAAUGACAAGCUGUUCCUAGAGGUGGAGGCCGGCCUGAGGGACAUCAGUGCCGCUCUGCAGCGCUAGCAUGCUGGCGGGGUAGGCUGGGGCUGGGGCUGGGGCUGGGACAGGGGUGGGGCUCGGCUGCUGGUGCUCUGUUACUUAAGGAUGGAUGGGACUCCAGACCAGUGGUGGAGGUGAUUCUCAAAUAAUUUUUUUAAUGAAAAUGACCUGCAUUUAGGUGUGUGGGUGCAACCCGGGGCAGUGGGGUGGCGGGGCUCCGGGGCACUGCCACUGCCCUCUUUGGUGUACAUUUUUUUAGACUUUGGCAUUUUACAAGUUUAACCCCACGUAACCCGACUGCUCACAAGGACGCUGGAACCCAUCUCUCACCUCUUCCAGGAAGGUGUUUUGUACAUUAACUGGCGUGUGGAGGCGUGUGUGUACGUACAUUGCGUGUGUGUCGUGCAUCUUGUGUGUAAAUGUGCUAAUAAUGGUCACACAAUUCCGCUGCACAGGUGUGGCUCAAGCUCACUCCGGGACCUCUGUAUAUUUUGUAAACAGCCGGGAGCAGUGGCAGCUUUUUCUGCAUGUGAGGGUAAACUAACCACGACCUUGGGAGUGUGAGCCCGAGUGAGGGGGAGGCAGGAGGCGCAGGAGUGACGGCAAGGACAGGCAGGGGCGAGCACCUCGUUCCUCGCGGAUCCCUCCCGUUGAGUCGCUUGCAGGAGGUGGAGUGCGCUGCUGUUUUUUAUAUGAAUACUAGUCUUGUGAUGUAUUGCUGCUGUGAGUAUGUAUUUGGAGGCAGCACUGGUGUCAAUAGUCUUAUUUUUC